ACUUCUUGCGCUUUUUGGCGCCCCUAGCUGUCAUCGGAAGUGCUUAUAACAGAACAAGAGGAAGCUCGUGUUUUGCGCGCAAGAGAUUUGUGAGACUUCUUGGCGUUAUGCUAACAUAGUCUGGGAUUUUAAUUUUCACGAAAGGUUGGACAGCAGGUUUCCAUGUGAGUGUUUCUGGAAGGAGGGUUGAUUGAGUGGAAAGCAUUUCUGCCUGGCGUUCGAAACAAGGGGAGUGUGGUGUGACAUUGCAACAGGACUUUCCCUGGGCUCAUUGGCUGGUGUUGGCUUCUGUUUGAAGAGCAAUGGAGCAGAACAACAGUUUGCCCCCUUUCCCCCAAGGACUUGCGUCCCCCCAGAGUGUAAUGACGCCUGGUCCUCCAAUCUUCAGUCCCAUGAUGCCUUAUGGCACUGGGCUGACUCCGCAGCCUGUGCAGAACACCAACAGUCUGUCUGCACUGGAGGAGCAUCAGAGGCUGCAGCAGCAGCAACAGCAGCAAGCCUCGGCACAACAAGGGGGGGUUGCAGGCACAUCCGGACAGACCCCCCAACUUUAUCACUCCCAGGCCAUCACCACGACAACGGCACUGCCUGGCAACACGCCACUCUACACCACCACCCCUCUCACGCCCAUGACCCCCAUCACCCCUGCAACACCUGCAUCAGAAAGUUCUGGAAUUGUCCCCCAGCUUCAAAAUAUUGUAUCCACAGUUAACUUGGGAUGCAAAUUAGACUUGAAAACGAUAGCGUUGCGGGCCAGAAAUGCUGAAUACAACCCAAAGCGUUUUGCUGCAGUCAUCAUGAGAAUACGAGAGCCCAGAACGACUGCCCUCAUCUUCAGCUCAGGAAAAAUGGUGUGCACAGGAGCCAAGAGUGAAGAGCAAUCACGCCUUGCAGCCAGAAAAUACGCCAGAGUAGUGCAGAAGUUGGGGUUCCCUGCGAAAUUCCUCGACUUCAAGAUUCAGAACAUGGUUGGCAGCUGUGAUGUGAAGUUCCCCAUUAGACUGGAAGGGCUGGUACUCACCCACCAGCAGUUCAGCAGCUAUGAGCCUGAGUUGUUUCCUGGGUUAAUCUACAGAAUGAUCAAGCCUAGAAUUGUGCUUCUGAUAUUCGUAUCUGGUAAAGUCGUACUCACAGGUGCAAAGGUUAGAGGAGAAAUCUAUGAAGCAUUUGAAAACAUCUACCCCAUCUUGAAAGGAUUUAGGAAAACAACAUAAGGAUUCUGCACAAUGGGAUCUUUUGAUUCAUUUAUGCUGUGAUCGAAUACUUUUGGACAUUUUUGUAUUAGGCCUGUACAGUUGCAUUGAUAUGUAUGAAUGUAAGUAUGUUUGUGUAUAUAUAUACAUCUAGGGCUCCCUCAAGUCACCAUACAGGUGUGGCAAAACCAGAGAAGAAAUUUGCUUGAACUGAUUAAUUUGCCUUUUAAUGUCUUUUAAAGAUGGUCCUCCAAGCCUGUUCAUCAGUCAGUCACAUUUUAGGGAAAACAUUUUAACAUGUUAGUUUUAGUCAUUUCUGUACCCAUUCACACAUUCCUUGUUCUGGUUGAUGUUUAAAGUGUACAUAUGGCUGAGUUCUGUUUCUUGGCAUAUUUGAAGUACUUACAAUGUGUGAACCAUUUGAAAAUUAGUUAAUGGUUUGAAUGUGGCUGAAUCGGUUUUAUGUACUUUUUGAAGCGCAUCAACCUGUUCUUAUAAUGGUGGUACAAGAAUUGUCUCCUGAUUCUAGUCUUUGUAAGAAAAGCUGUUCUGAAUGGGGGUGGGGGAGUUGUGGUGGCCAGACAGGCCUUUUUUGUUUUAUUCUUUUUAUUUAAUUUAUGUUUUUAGUAUAUGUAAUCCAUGUUUUGUUUUUUUUAAAAUGAAUGAAAUGUCACAGUUCUGUCAUUUCUUUGUGCAUUUUAUCAUGAGCCACAUUGUUUCAUGGCUUGGUUUUCCAUCUUGCCCCUUUUCAAAAAGCACUCUUCUGUGAUCACUUCUAGUUUUGCCCUGUUCAUCAGUUCUAUCGUGGGCAAAAAUAAAUCCUUAACUUACCAAA